CCCUCCAUGAACAAGGAAAUCUUCAUUUCUAUAAAGCAAGGAAGAGGCACGCUUUUAGACGUUGGUCUCAAGCAAUUGAUGUGGCUUUAAAUGUGACUGACUUCAUAAAUAACUGGCAAGACAUGGAAAGCAGUGGUAUUUCAUUUAAAUAUUCCAAAGAUUUCAGUGAAGCCCUGUUACAUCGAGCUGGUAUCUGGGGUUGUUUACUGGCUGGAAUCUUAACUGCAAAAAUAGCUCAGUUUAUUACGUUAUCGGACUUCAAAUUCAAAAUUGAUUGCUGCAUCUUAUCAAGCUUUUUCUUCAAGGCGUUGUUCAGGACUACUCUUCCACACCCAAGAAAUGACCGUGAAUAUGCAACGUAUGAAAUAGGAUUUGACUGUGAUGUUGUUGAGCUCAUUCCUGGGAUUGACCUCUUCUCAGACCGAUUCAGAGCUGAUAUAAGGACUGUGGUGGGAAGUCUGAACUUUGUGCUCCAUGAACUACAUGCUGCAAGGCAAAACCUAUUGGCUCUGCCUCUGUUCACACUCUACCAGUACUUCGUCAGUUCAAUCUGUCGUGAUGUACAGAAGAGUGUUGAAGCAAGAAUAUUGAAGAUGAAAGCUUUGACAGACUUGGGACUCUUUGCAGAAGCUUUUGCUGAACAUCAUGCCUUGAUUAACGGUGAAAAGAUUCCAGAUUUACUUUUGGGAGGAUUCAGACCGUCAGAGCCCAAGGUUCAAAUGAAGUUUGAUCAAUCAAACCAACUUCUAACUGAUAAUUUGCAGGCACUCGAAGAGGUUCUCAAGACACCUUUGUCUCCAGCAUUACGUACACUUUAUGGUCCUCAGCUUGAAAAUAAAUUUGAACUUGGACGAAUUCAUCUUAUCAUCAAACUUGCUGAGACUAUAAAUCACAUCCCAGAGUCGGUCACUUCUCAAUGUCCAAGCACCGGUGAAAAAGAGUCUGCUGCAGGUGGAAUGAUUAUAGACCUGGAUACUGAAGAUGUGAGAGUUAUUAGUCAUUUAAGUCAGAUACAGGGUGCCACACAAGAAUGUCAUCCAAGUCAAGAGAAGUCAGGUCUUCAUAAGCACCUUACCUUACCCCAGCUCAAGGAUGUUGUCUUGCAAGGAGCACAAAAUAAGUUGAACAUAUUCAUGGAGACUCUGAAAGCAGCGCAUGAUUCUGAAUUUGCCAACCUUCCUCCUGCUGCUCUGGAGAUGGUCAUUGAUGCCAAACUUCAGUCUGCAGCAAUAGCUUUCCAAAGGUUGCAGCUGGCAUUCAGUGCCGCCAUUGCUUUAUCUGCACUUCAACUCUUGCAGAGAGCCAGAAUCUUGACGAAACACAAACAGGAGCAUAAAACAGCUUUAGGCCAUAAAAUGGACCCAGCGCCAGCCCUUAGAAGUGCAUUAAAAAGCACUCAACACGAAGACCAUAUUAAUAAAGACUUCCACCAGGAAACUUGGAAUAUGGAAGCACGUGGACGUUUGCAUAUGGGUCUUUGGCUGAAAUGUCGAUUGGCUAUGGUGACUGCUCUGACUGCUCAGAUAUAUUCCGCAGGACUAAAGAAAGAGGGCUUUCUGGAUACCUCUCAGCUCUGUGAAGAAGGGGUAAUGGAAGCAAAAGACUAUGGUGAUGUUGAGACACAAGCUGAGUUCAUGCUGCAGGAAGUUCUGCUGGAUUUCCAGCUGGGAUAUGUUAAUGAUCACAUUAGGACAGUUUUGCAGCUUGUUUUACUGGGGGAAACUGCAAGGCAUCAGUCUUAUGGGGAUGUUUAUUCCUGUCUGGCAGUCCCGUUGAAAAAUGUUUAUCUUCCACAUAUUAUCCUGAUGGCAAAAAUUAAACUACGAAUAGGAAAUGCUGUAGCACAACUGGCAGCAUGCUCAGCCAAAAGAAGGAGUGAAUCAACGUGGCAGGAAGCACUUUCCACUUAUAGCACAGGUCUUCAGCUUUGUAGAGAAGCUGUAUCUCAAGAAGCUGAUCUAGAGGCAGACUUACUGUUACAGAAAGGAAAAGUACUGCGCCAGUUGACAGAAAUACGUUCUGGGAAAAGCCUCGAAGCUGCUAAUUUUUUGAUGGAAGCCAUCAACGUUUCUCACUUUCACGGGCAAAAUACCUGGCUGAUAAGGCAGGCGUAUUUGGAACUUGUCUUGUUAUACUUCCACAUCUCCGAGGAGGAUGAGAAAGAAACCGAGAAUAAUCUUAGACAGGACCAAUCAGACAACAAACUGUCCGUGAAAUCAGGAAUAAUUUUAAUUCCGAAACAGGUCAAAAAGAAGGCGAACUGUAUCCUGCACAGUUCCCAGAAACUAACAAGGGACAAGUCAAUUAGCGAAAAACAUGUGGCAAAUAUGGUCCAAAAUGAAUUGCAUGAAUAUAUACUUCUGGACAUUUUAGCAUCACAUGAAGAUUACCAAACUGAAAAUGAUGAAUUGUUGCCGAGCUUAAGUACCAUUCAAGGAGAGGAAGUGGAAGAAGAGAAGAAAGAGGCAUCAGAAACGGUUGAAGAUCCAGAUAUAAUGGCACCAUAUAGAAAAAUUGCUGCAAAAAAAUUGACCUCAGUGCAUCUCCUGCGUUACAAUGACCAGCUCCGGAGACUAUACAACAUCAGUCUGCUCCCAGUGCAAAGUGAAAAUGAAAAUGCUGUACCUCUUGGCUGCAAGACUCAGUCCACUGAACCACAAAUGCACGAAGAUUUCUGGAAGUAUGCCAUGAAUAGUGCCAGAGAAGGAGUUCAUACACCAGUUUUGAACACUGGGAUUUUGCAACGUCUGGAACGAAUGCAUCUAUUUUUAAUCCAUCACCUACCAGCAUAUAAUACUUACUGCUGCGUCGAGAGUAUUCCUAAUAUUCUGUAUGAACUCUUUGACAGGAGUUUUAGAUCCCCAGAGUUCCAACCUGAGAUUUACACAAGUGUCUUUGGAGAAUAUACGUUAACGACACCAGAGACCAGUUACAUCGGUAAAAUCACGCCUCAGAUGAGUAUGGCAGUACAGUCUACAGACAAAGAGUUUUGUGUCCAAUGGUUCCUGCCGCCUUUGGGAAUUUCUUCUACAAGUUGUGAAACUCAGAAGGUCUUAUUUUUGUACGCCUACAAUGUUAAGCCGAUUACACUGAUCAGCAUCAAGACCAGCAGCUUGACUAAUGCUUCCUGUGGUUACAAGUGGGUUUACUUAAAAAGACUAGUUUUGCUGCACAAGAAGCUUUCUGCAUUAAGGUCAAAGGCUGAGAUGUACUUGCAACCAGAACUUAAAUCUCCCUCAGUUCAGCUCAGCAUUAACAGACUGAGGCAAAGGUACACUCGAACAGACUCUGCACUGAACAUUAGAAAACUACCGACACAGACAGAAGAGAUGGUUAUGAGCUUAUGCAGAGAAAUAAAAGAAAUGUUUCUUCCGGGAUCAAUCAUCAAACCAGAAGCAGAGGUUCCCUUUGAUAUUACCACCGAGACCCUUGAAGCACUGGAAAAAAUAUUUAAUCCCUCAUCUGGAUACGUAUUAAACCAUGGGAGUCUGUUUACGUGGCUGACUUCUUUCAUCGAAUCAGAUUGAACUACUGAAUUCCAACAAUUGGGAGCUUCCCGCUGAUUGCAAUGCUUUUAGAAUAUUUAUUUGCUUUUCUUCUUACAUUUUAGUUAUACUUUGACAUUGCAUCCAUAAACUAACUCAGGCACACUACUGAACAUUCAACUGGGAUUUUAUCACUUCCAGCACGUUGGGGCUGUCUUAAACCUAUUUUGGUUUUCAAGCUGUAGAAUAACUUGUUAAGCAGGUUUCCAGUUUACUCCAUAAUUUUAGUGUGUGAUCUUUCAGUUUCAUUCUACCAAAACAUUUCUAAUCCACAUUUUUUCUGUAACAUAAUCAAACGACCAUACAAGUUGAUAACUUCUGCUGAUUAAAGUAGCUGGUUCACACCUCUGAUGCGUUGACUUUCA